AUAAUAAUUACUACGGAGUAUAAAAAAAGAAUACUUAUUAGAGCAGAAAAUGUGUACUUUCAACAUACAGAGUUGUUUUUAAAAACAACUCCAUGUACUUUUUUCCAGUAUUCACUCUACUGUGUGCUUACACACGUGGACGUUUUUGUUUUUUCAGUACAUGGUGGGAAGAAGUGGUUGACCCUGUCACUGCCAGGGUCAACCAGAGAACAGAUGACAGCACAGGCCUCGCAUUAGACACGGCAGACUGACUACAGGUGGUUCUGUGUGCUGACGGACUGCGGCUGCACAGGAGCCGCUGAGCUGGAAACCAGUGAGCUCAUUCGGGCUGCUUAUGGAAGAGGGCGGGGCUCCCAGCAUCAUCACCACCGGCCAUCGCUGCUUCAUUGUACGGGGGCUGCUGCUGAUGCUGCGACCGUAGCGGGGAAAAGGACGGGGUUUUUUUUCUCCCUUUAAAAAAAAUAAGAAAAAAAGCAUGUCAUGGACACGGUUUCACGGCGAUUAGGACUCCACGGGCGACGAGAAUCGAUUUCGAGCCCUUUUUUUCUGAUAGGAGAAUGAGGAAGAGGAGGAACUGGAAACCACUGGGAGCGCCUUGGGAAGUUUCUGUGAAGUCUCAAUGAAAGCACUAGAAGAGCCUCUCUAGUAUUCGACUCAAUGGCCAAGAAAGGGCGUACGAAGAGCGAGAAGCCCGAAGCGCUCAUCUCUGCCCUGCAGGCAGCCAAUGAAGAUCUCAGGUCCAAGUUGACUGACAUUCAAAUAGAGCUACACCAAGAAAAAUGCAAGGUGAGCAAACUGGAACGCGACAAGCUUCAGGAGGUGAAGCGGGUGCGAGAGCAGGAGCAGCACCGUCACACCGCCAUGUUGACAGAGCAGCGGGCCAAGUGGCACGAGGAAAAGCAGAAGGAGCUCCAGGCUCUGAGGGAAAACCUAACACGACAGCAUGAGCAGGAAUUGGCCCGCCACGCCAAAAUCAAGGACCAGGAGAACCAGAGGCUCAAAGCCGCACUGAGCGCCAUGCGCGAUGGCAGCGGAGAGAAGGUGCGCACAGCAUUGACCCUGGAAGCCAAGGAGGACGCACGCCGCUUCUUUGACCAGGAGCGAGUGAAGCUCCUGCAGGAGAUAGUGGAGCUGAAGAGCACAAAGAAGCAGACCGAUGAGGCUCUCAGCAACAUGAUCCAGUCCGACAAGAUGAAGGCUGGCGACCUGCGGGUGGAGCACCAGCAUCACCAGGAGCAGAUCUCCAAGAUCAAGUGGGACAGUGAGAAAGACAUCCGCAGACUGGUGGAUGAAAUCAAAUCUAAAGAACGCACCAUCUUUGGUCUGGAGAAGGAACUGGAGUCAACGGCGGGUUUCCUACAGAAGCUGCAGCUUCAGAAGGACGCGCUGGACGACCAACUGUUCCUCGUCAAGGAGAUGGAGUGUGGCCUGGGGAGCCCGAAGAGAGAGAUUCCAGGCAGAGCUGGAGAUGGAGCUGAGCACUGUAGUAGCCCAGACUUGAGGAGAAACCAGAGGCGCCUUGCUGAUCUCAACUCGACCAUACGCAAAUUAGAGGACCGCAACUCACUGCUGGUCGAUGAGAGGAAUGAACUGCUGAAGCGAGUUCGGGAGACAGAGAAGCAGUGUAAGCCAAUGCUGGACAAGAACAAGCUGCUGUGUAAGAGGAAUGAUGAUUUGACUCAGACGAUCCAGAAGCUGGAGGAUAAACUCAAGAACCUGGCCAAGGAGAACCAUGAGAUGAAGGAGAAGAUCAGCUCCCAUCCUCCGCUGAAGAAGCUGAAGUCUCUGAAUGACCUGGACCAAGCACAUGAUGACCAGGAAAUUGCCUUUCUCAAGCUUCAAGUCCUGGAGCAACAAAGCAUGAUUGAUGAGCUGACGAGAGACCGAGAAAAACUACUGAGAAAGAAAAGGCAUAAAAGAAGUUCGAGGCCAAUAAAGAGGCACAUCGUAGUAGACACCUUCUUUGGGUAUGAUGAAGAGUCUAUGGACUCAGAGACGUCUUCGGUGGCUUCGUUCCGGAUGGACAGAACUCCUGCUACUCCAGAUGAAGACCUGGAGGAGGGUCUAGCCAACGAGGAGUCGGAGCUGCGUUUCCGUCAGCUGACCAGGGAGUAUCAGGCGUUACAGCGAGCCUAUGCCCUGCUGCAGGAACAGAAAGGAGGCAUUCUGGAUGCUGAGAUGGAGGCUAGGGCUCAGGAGCAGCUCCAAGCAGAAGUUCUCAGGUAUAAAGCCAAAAUAGAGGACUUGGAGAAGGAGCUGAACCUGAAGGGACAGGACUCCAAAUGGGUGGAGGAGAAGCAGCUCUUCUUACGAAGGAAUCAGGAGCUAUUAGACAAGAUGGAAAAGAUGGAGUCAGACUGCAGUCGACUGCAGCAGGAACUGCAAGACUCCAAAGAUCAGAAUGAACUGUUAGAGUUCAGGAUACUGGAGCUGGAGGAGCGCGAGAGGAGGUCCCCUCCAUUCAACCACCUGAGGAUGCAUCCUUUCUCUGAGGGAGUCAGUGCUCUGCAGAUCUACUGUAUGAAGGAGGGGGUCAAGGACGUGUGCAUACCUGAUCUCAUCAAACUUCUAGAUAUCCUGGGAGACAACGGGAAUUUAAGAAAUGAAGAGCAAGUGGCCAUUAUUCAGGCCAGCACUGUUUUGUCGCUAGCAGAAAAGUGGAUUCAACAGAUUGAGGGGACGGAGGCAGUGCUGCACCAGAAGAUGAUGGACCUGGAGAUAGAGAUGGAGAUGUUCUGUAAACAGAAAGGGUAUCUAGAAGAGGAGCUGGACUACAGGAAACAGGCCAUGGACCAGGCCUACUUGCAAAUCCAGGAGUUGGAAGCAACGUUAUACAACGCCCUGCAGCAAGACAAGGUGAUAAAGUACGGCGAGCCUCUGGAUGAACUUCAGAAGGACGAGCUGCGGUCGUCGGUGGAGAAGCUGAGGAGGCAGAUGCUGAGGAAGAGCCGGGAGUACGACUGCCAGAUCCUCCAGGAGAGGAUGGAGCUGCUGCACCAGGCGCACCAGAGGAUUCGUGACCUUGAAGACAAGACGGAAAUCCAGAGGAGGCAGAUUAAAGACCUGGAGGAAAAGGUGGUGUGUCAGCUUGGAGAUCUUGUUUGUGACUGCAGUGUUAUUUAUUUUCUGGACAAGUGUGGAACAAAGUGCGUAGCAGUGGCUGCUAGUGUCCUCACAUCAGUGACUGCUGUCAGUAUAGGUGGAUGUGUCGUGUGUUGGCUGUGGACGUUCCACUUCAGAUUUUAUUCUUUUGUUUGUUUUUAAAUGGGGCUGGGGUUCUCAGGAUACUGCACAGGAUGACGUUUUGUUUUUUUAAGAGCGGUGUUGGACAUUAAAUGUCUCUCCAAACAGCUGGGAGUACACUGCACCAGGCUGCAAGAAUGACACACAAUUAGUGAGACACUUCCAGUAGAUGCAGAGACACAGACACACAUAUACCAACGUACACACAGUUUACAGACACGCAUGCAUAUACAGACGCAUGCAGAUGCAAACACACUCACACACACAUGCUUUGACAAAUCAAAACCAAAGCCUGGGAAAUGUUCUCUCUGCCAUGCAGGGUAAUAAUAUGUCGUUCACCAACAUUUAGCCACCGCGGGAAUACAAACGGAGAGAGCUACUGAUAGACAACGAGACAAACAAGCCACCGGACCACAACUUCUCUCUUCUUCUCUUCUUUCCUUUCCAAAACCCGGAAGGACGUUCUUCAUGAAUGCAACCUCUUGGUGAAUAGAGGCGAGCCAACUCAGGGGCCACGAGUGCAGAGGCCAGUACUGGUCUCAGGUCAGAUUAUUAUGAGGAACACUAUGGGACAUGGCGAGUCACCGGGCUGGCCUGCCCUUGCUGUUUUCAGAAUGGUGCUUACACACGCUGCUUGGACUCUCCAGAGGUUAAACCUGGGGAAAGGGCAGAGCUGCGCUGCAGAGGCUGGUGUGUAGAGACACUAAAAGGGGGAUACAGGACACUCAGGUUGAGGCGUCUUCACCGGACAAACAUGACAGACUUGCGCGGAGAGGUAAAAAGAGAACAAAAAAGAUCACGGUUGGAAACGACAACGUGGAUGUCCACCGAUUGUCAAGACACUUCUUUAUUUAUCUCAAAAACGAGCAGACUGUAAGAGCUUUACUCUCUGGUUAUCUUUCUUUUUAAAUUUGUUUUUUUACACCUCCUACCACCAAGAUACUGUGUCCCAAGAUUUCCACUGAACUACAUGCUUAUUCUGUACUGUAAUAUAUACAUUUGUUGAUAUGUACAUGUCGCUGAAGUAUUUUAUUUAGUCUCCCCUUUCAUUUCUGUGAAUAGUUGCAAUUUUAUUUUACUCUCUGAAGCAGCUUGAACAGUUGAUGUAGUUUAUAAAUGACUAAAAAGGGUACGCAUUGCUCUGUUAUAUUGUGGUGACGGCUGCAAAGAUGAACUUUAUUUCCUUGAAAAUUAUAAAUGAAAAAUCGCCUCCCUUUUCUUUUUUUUCUCCCUCUAUCACACACAUAAUACUGUAUUUAUGAAUCUUCUGUCUAAUAAAUGUUCUGCUCUGUUUGGCCAGCAGGGGGUGCUGGUUUCACCUGAGCGACUUUCCAUUCACCCUUUAAAGUUACACAAUCUUUUAACAAACUUGUAAAUAUUUUCAAACUAGCUUGCAAAAUAUCUUUAUCAACUCUGGUGGGAUGGUUGACAAAUUCAAAUCUAGCAGUUGUGUCAUCAGUACUUCCUUGAUGCACAAAAAAAUGGAUACAAUUUAAAUUCAACAGUUGAAUUUCAUAUGACGGAAAAGACGGAAACAAUCAUAACGCCACAUUUUUCUGUCCCAAGACCACUGCAGGUUCCCCUGUUUUUUUACUAACAAAUAUGUCUUUGAUACUAACAAGCCUCUUUCACAAAACACGACUUGCCACUUCCCCAAAAUGAAAAGGGAGAAAGUGAAUGCAACACAACACCUGCUCUCCUGUCAAGCCAACUGCCCAGGCACUGCAAUAUUUACUAGUAUAGGCCGUCCUUGUUCCCUAUGUACCUGAGCUGGUGUAUCGUCCACCAUACCACCCCUCCAUUCACAGGUCUAGUGGAUCAAGGCAUCUCAUUACAUAGCGGACAGUAACUAUGACCCAUUCACUUUACCAAGGGGAAUGACUGAGACUAUUUUUGUGCAGACUCAGCUAACUAGCAGUUGCCUUAAAUGCAUUCCCCCCCCCCCUUUUUAUCCGCUUGUAUGUUCCUUUUUAGUGAUUAUUUUUUCAGGCGGUUGAUAUCAGCAUAUAAUGUAAUGUGUGUAUAUAUAUAUAUAUCUUUUUUCUUUAUUUCACAGAGGAGUUCUUUUUAUCUUUACCCCGUCUGUCUUCCAGCGAGACUUCAACCCUUCCUCCUACUUUCGUCUAGAUUAUUACAGAAACAGAAAAAAGGAGCAAUGCUGUAAAAAAUAAAACAAAACAUGGCCUUGGA